AGGUGCCCAAACCCCGUCCAGGGGCGGGACCUGACCGAUGUCAUAGCUCUCCAACAGAGUAGAACAAACGGGGAGACAAACGCAAGAGUGGCGAAAAAGGCCAGAGAUUGUCACUUCAGUCGCCGAUCGGGAUCGAGAGGACCCUCUGCCAACCCAACCGCGGACUGGGGAGAAGGUGAGACGGAGGUGGGCAGGGCAGCUCCCAAUAAUGGCCGGGGGAAAGGAGCAGGUGCAUCACGCAGCGUCGCACAUCGAGUCAUCCCAAAGGCCGCGGAUUGGUUGUGAAACGCGCCUGCGUCGCCGUCUCCCACUUAGAUUCAUCGCCUCUAACUGGAGACUGCGCGUCCAUUGUCAAGCAGACCUAUCGCGCCUUGAGAAGGUUCGGGCGUACAAUGUGAACACGAGGGUGAGUCGCUCAAGUACGACAUGUUGCAUUGGCUUUUUCUUUGUCGGACAUCCUGCUGCCCCCUUUUUCAUUUGCCCCUUUCUUGGUGAGACCCGGCUCUUUACGUUGUGUAUGUAUGGAUGUAUACGCAGGAAGAGGUUCUCUGGCCUCUCGUGGGAGGCGGGAGGGUCUGUCGCUCAGAGACGAGACUACAUCAUGGGUUCAACAAUCCGAAUGUCCCUUUGUAGUGGGGAAUACGAAAAGCGAUUCAUGACCCAUGCCACUUUGUCCCCUUUGUGAUGUGCCCAACUACGAGGUGUGAUCAAUGACGAAUCGGUGGAGUCAAUCGCAUCAUCGUAGUAGAUAGAGCAUAACGUUCUCUGGGGAUGCCCGGAUGCAUGAUAUUUCCAGAUGCCCGCAAUAUCCUGGAAUGAGA